AUGGAGGAGAAAGUCUUUCAACGCCAAAUUUCCAAACGGGAACUGCAUUCCACGCUAGUCGAGAACACGGCGCACGAGACUCGGAAUUUCUCGCCGGACGAACUGAGAAAAUUGUUUGUCUUGGCGGGACCCCAUGUCCGGUGCGAGACCUACGAUUUGCUUCGAAGUGGUGGAGGACGGGCGGAAGGAAAGCGAGAAUGGAAGGAUUACACAGGCCCCAAGGACAUCCCGGACGCAUGUUUGCGGUCGGUGGUGGAGGCGCAAGGGACGGGAGGGAGCAUGGUGAAUUUCGUACACGAGGAGGAAGACGGGAGAGGAGAGGAGGAGGACAAGGAAAAAAAGCGUGGAGAUGACGAGGGCGACGGGGACAUGGGGCUCGAUUCUAGGCUCGUGCAUGAAGAAGAUGCUGUGGAGGACGAGGAAGUGAGCGGCAGGGAGUGA